CAUUCAUUAUUCGUAAACCAAUGGGCUGAAGCCCUACCUAGUGCGAUUACUCUAAAAUAUAGGCCUGCCUACCCUACCGAGAUUACAUCAACAACCAGAAGGGGAAAAAAGCAACCAAAAUCCUCCACUUCACUUCAGUCACAAAGGCAACCACUCGGUUCAUGCGCAGAAUUUAGCCUCACCAGCAAUCAGUUCUGAAAUGCAUGCACACGAAUUUCCAAACCACCAAGCCCAAACCCGAUGAGCAAGCAAGCGCCCGGCCGAUCGCUAACCAUCAGAGGCAUUGUUGAGGAUAUAUACCAACAAACAAAUCGCCCGUCAAGUAUAACCAUCAGAUCGACCACAUUGCACGUACAGAUCGGCCGAUCCAGCGAGGCGGAGAUGGCGGAGGAAGCCAAGAAGGGGAAGGGGUUGCUCGCGAGGAGGAAGGCGCACUGCACGGCGUGCUGCGUGGCGCUGGCCGUGCUGCUCAUCCUGGGCGCCCUGGCUCUCGCCUUCUACCUCCGCUACCGCCCGCGGCCGCCGCGCGUGGUGGCGACGCCCGUGGACGUGAGCAUCGACGAGUUCGCCCUCCUCCCGCACCCGUCCCUGCGGGUCUCCGUGGGCGUGCACGUGGUGGUGGCCAACCCGAGCAACUCGCCGUACCGGUACGGCGCGGCGCUGGGCCCGGUGACCUACCGCGGCGCGCCCGUCGGGGAGACGCUGGUGCCGGCGGGCGAGAUCGGGGGCAAGUCGACGGCGCGGGUGGAGCCGGCCACGGUGGUGGACGGGGUGAAGGUGGCCGAGAGCCCGCACUUCGCGUCCGACGCCGUGGCCGGGGUGCUGCCGUUCGUGGCGGUGGUGCGGGUGGUGGGCAAGGCCCUGGUGCUGCGCGCCUUCGAGGUGCCCGUCACCGUCGAGGUGGUGUGCCUCGUCCGCAUCUACGUGUUCCACGGCGAGAGCAGCUCGCGGUGCGCCUCCACCGUGCGCACCGGGGCCCGGGCGGCGGGCACCGGCGGGGGGUUCCCGGCGGCAGGGUACGGGCACGAGUAGGCCGGACGCCUGGUUGGAUUUGCUUGUGCUGGUGGCUAUGGUUUACGAUCGAGCGAGUAUGCGGUGAAAUCCUGAAAUUUCAGCAGUGUACUCGUUUUUACGGGAGCUUGUGUGGUUUCCUUCAAUUUUUGCUGUAAAAUCACAGGAUACCGAAUAAUUAGAAGAGUCAGUCGUCUGGCGCGCGCGCGAUUGAACAACGGAAAAGGCCACUGCUAAUGGGCCGGGCCGAAGAUGCCACGUUGCGAGGGCGGCGGCUUCAGAAGAGACAGCAUGGCUCGGCCCACACAAAGCUCUUUGCCACCAGAACCUAUUAUAACUUUUUAUUUUAAAAAAAGCUCCUGUUUUAAUU